AUGGGCAGGUAUCUGGAGAACUUCACCCCUCUGGUGGUUUGGGACUUCCCCCCAGAACAACUCCAGGACCCUGAUAAAGCAGUGGAAUAUUUGAACGGGAAAUGUUGUGGCUGUUCUGGAGAGGCACAGCUCACCCCAUGGUGCUGGGCCCUGGCCAGUAUCUACCAAACAUGGCUCGGUAUUGAGCAGCACCCUCAGGAGAGAGAGAGGGAAACCAGACCAAUAGAAAUCGUGGCUACUACGCCCCCUGGCAGGCUCUGCGGCUACCGCAAUGUGACUUCGUUAAGGUCCGCGCUGCUGGGGAUUUGUGAAUCUGAGUCGUUCAACCCAGGACAACACCCCAGGACAUGGUCUGCUCUCCUGGCUACCAGGACACUCUAUGACGCGCCGCUGACUCCUCUUGAGCCGGCCGCCGACCCACACCCCUGUAAACUAAACCAUUUCAUGAUCGCUGUGGCCAAGACAGCCACCCGCCAUCCCAUCUCCCACAAGUCCUCCGCUCACAAAGAACAGGCAAUGCAGACGGGCUCUGAGGUCUCCUACUCUGUGGUCAUGCUCCAUGAGGUCAUUAAGCUCGAGAAGUGGGCAUGGUUGAACCUCACAGGGUUCAACAAGGUUAAGUGCAGGGUGCUGCACCUGGGUCAUGGUGUGAGCCGGCAUUUCUCACAAUUUGGGGGCUCGUCUGGGAUCUGCACUCCUGUUCCUGCGAGACGGGACAGCAAAGAGGGGAAGGCGCGCCCUGCUGAUUUCAGCGGUCUCCAACCUACUGUCUCGUCCCGUGAGGAGCAGCGGGUCCUAUCCGGACAGAGGACUCCCGAAGCAAAGAAGGGGAAAAAGAAGGAUUGGAUUGACAGGAUUAAGUUACGCGCAGCAGCCGAUAAUUUCUGUGCACGGGACCCGGCCCUCACUGCUCUUCUUGUCCCCGCAGGGCCCCACUCCUUGCAGUACUUUAAUGUCGUGGUGUUGGAACCCAGCCCCGGGGUGCCCGAGUUUGUGGAAGUGGGGUUCCUGGAUGGGACCCUCAUCUCGCGCUACGACAGCGAGACGGGGAGGACUGUGCCCCGGGCGGACUGGAUGGCGGCCAACCUGGACCAGCAGCACUGGGACACCCAGACCUGGAUCUCACAGAGGAAUCACCGGGUUGCCCGUGUGGACCUGGAGACAGUGCAGGGCAGCUACAACCAGAGCGGGAGGGCUCACAUGCGGCAGGAAAUGUACGGCUGUGACCUCCUGGAGGAUGGUCGCACCAGGGUGUAUUGGCAGAUCGCCUACGAUGGGAGGGACUUCAUCACCUUCAACAUGGACACGAUGAUGUUCACCACAGCGGAUAUGGUGGCACAAAUCACCAAGAGGCAGUGGGAGGAGGACGGGACUGUCGCUGAGCAGUGUAAGCACUACCUGGAGAACACCUGCAUCGAGUCAUUGAAGAAAUUUGUGAGCUACGGUCGGGCUGUGCUGGAGAGGAAAGAGCGCCCCACGGUGCGAGUGUCGGGGAAGGAGGCCCACGGGAUCCUGACCUUGCACUGCCGCGCUUACGGCUUCUACCCGCGGCCCAUCACCGUCAGCUGGCUGAAGGACGGGGAGGUCAGGGACCAGGAGACGGAGCGUGGGGGCACCGUGCCCAACAGCGACGGCACCUACUACACCUGGGCCUCCAUCGAGGCCAACCCGGGGGAGAAGGACAAGUACCGGUGCCGCGUGGAGCACGCCAGCCUGCCCGAGCCCCAACUCUAUGCGUGGGAGACGGAGUCCAACCUGGUGGCCAUCGUGGCGGGGGUGGCUGUUGCUGCAGUCCUGGUUGUCGCUGCCAUCUGUGGAUUCAUCAUGUGGAAGCAGAAGUCAGAGAUGAAGAAGGGCUACGGCGUGGCGUCAGGCACGGACGGGGGCUCUGACUCCUCGGCCAAAGGGGUCGUCUCCCGACGGCUGUCAGAGGGACCGGCGUGUGGAUGGAUUCGGCCCCUGCCCUCUCAUCCACUGGAGGCAGAGAGGGGCUGGGGGGAGCUGGGAGAUGAUGGCAGAGAGAGCUUGUCCCCCUGCCCCCCCUUGCCCCACUGUAUCAUCUCCCGACGGCUUGACCAGGAGGAGGACACUUUGAGGAAGUGA